AUGGCGGCUAAAACUAAUGUCAAAGUGUACGUGUACUUUGGAGGUCACAUAAUUCCCGAUGAUUGGGUAGUGCAAUAUAGUAUUGCCCACAAAACAGCAUUUCGAAUUAAACGUGACUUGUCCUUUGCACAAUUUCUGUCAAAGUUGUAUCAACGUCUAGAUGUCGAUGUUAAUCAGUUUGGGCUAAGAGUGUGUUGCAAAUCUUACAUUUAUAAUGGAGAAAGAAUGAGGGAGAUGAUUACCGAGAUGACAACAGAUGAAGAUUUACAAAUGUAUAUUGAUCCGGAUGAAGGGAAUGAGGCAAUCGAAGUAUUUGUUGAGAUUGAACCGAAGUACAUUGAUAGUGCCACACCACAAGUGAGCGUAGAGGCAUUUGAUUUGAAUGAACCAUAUUUCUCACAACCAGAGGUGACUCCGGAUUUUCUGGCGGCGACACAAAGCAUCCCUAAUUAUUGUGAGACUAGUGGAGCGAGAGAGGUGCACAGAGAUUCCCAUACAAUUAACUAUAGUGAACUAGAUCCUGAGUUUACAUGGAUGUAUUAUAGUGAACUAGAUCCUGAGUUUGGCGCUUUAAUUGAGUAUCCUGAGAUAGUGCAUCCACAGCUUUGGUUGUCGAGUUGUCCCCUUAUAUUUUACGAGAGAGUUGAGAUGCAUCGUCCGUAUAGGGUGCUACGUCAGUUUGGUAGGAUACAGCAUAUACCACCACAUCCUACUGAUCACGAUGUUGAGAUUAAGUUGCAUUCUUAUGAUCGUCGAGGCGCAGGAGGUAGAGAUUGGGCUCGUUUUCACCGUAUCUAUGUUGAUAGAUGGCAUGGCCGACUUGAUUCUCCCGUUGACUAUCCAUUUAUUGAGUUUAGUGGGCCUCAGACAGAUCCAGGAUACUACGAGUGGUAUGAGAGGCACACACGUCGUUUGAUAUCACCGAUUGACAAUCUUGAUGAUAUUGGUUUUCAGGUCGGAGACCCGAUUUUACUGGAUCUUGUGGGUAAUCAGCUUAUAUCCAUGAGUCUUGCUGCUAGGGCAGCGCAGGAAGCUAGAGAUUGGGCUCGUUUUCACCGUAUCUAUGUUGAUAGAUGGCAUGGCCGACUUGAUUCUCCCGUUGACUAUCCAUUUAUUGAGUUUAGUGGGCCUCAGACAGAUCCAGGAUACUACGAGUGGUAUGAGAGGCACACACGUCGUUUGAUAUCACCGAUUGACAAUCUUGAUGAUAUUGGUUUUCAGGUCGGAGACCCGAUUUUACUGGAUCUUGUGGGUAAUCAGCUUAUAUCCAUGAGUCUUGCUGCUAGGGCAGUAUCUCGAGAUGACGAUCAGAUAUAUGAUCUGUUUCAGGACAACGCUACACGGAUGUAUGCAGCUGGGACUCAACUUCUACGUAGAGAUGGUGCUUCGUCUAGCUUACCUCCGAUACCAGCCAUACCUCCUAUACCUUCUCCGCAUCGAGAUAGACAUGUUCCUAUGCAUGGAGGUAUGGACGAUUUAUCUACUACACAGGGAUUUAUGGAUAUGUUCGGUGCGUCUACAUCUCAGGUACCCAUAUUUACAGAUUUAGUUGGUCCAUCUACGAAUGAUUACGUUCCAGAUAUGCCAUGGUCCGAUUCUCUAGCUACCCCACAUCCUCCUGCUAUUGAUACUCGGUUCUCUUCAUGGGGUCCACAUUUGGAGCUCAAUUUGGGAUAUUCAAGUCCCCAAGAGCGGAUCCGACCACAGUAUAAUGUUUCCCCUGUUCCAUAUCCACCGGAUGACACCCAAUUUGUUGAUGAUGUACCGGCAGAUCCUGACAUUCGUCGAGAUGGUAGGCCGCGUAGGACUAGACGGGCACCUGCAUGUGGCACUGGUUCACAUAGGCACUGA